AACCCUCUGUCUCCCUUCUCGCAUUUUACUUAUUCAACAAUCAACAACAUCUCUGUGUCACCAACAUUUCACUCCGUUUGAAUAAUUCGACACUGAUACCAAAAAAGCGAUCUUGAGCUCCAAAUCUCUCUGUUUUUCUUUUCAUACUUACUCAUCGUUUUCAUGGCUUCAACUUCCUAGUACCCUUAUCGUAUUCAUAUUUGAAAAGAAAGGAGGAAUGGGAUUUGCUGGAAUUCUCUUCCUUCUCUCUAUGUAUUCCCUUUUUCUCAUGGAUGCUUCCACAGCCCAGAUGCCAGGUUUUGUGAGUCUGGAUUGUGGUGGUUCCAAUAAUUUUACAGAUGAAAUAGGUCUUGAAUGGAGUUCAGAUAACUACAUCUUAACUGGAGAUAUAGCCACCAUAUCUGUAGCCAACGAGACCAGAAAACAGUAUAAGACACUAAGAUUUUUCCCAGCAGAUGAUAACAAGUAUUGCUACACAUUCAAUGUUGUUAGUAGGACCAGGUAUCUUAUAAGAGCAACCUUCUUGUAUGGAAAUUUUGACAGCAAUAAUGUAUAUCCCAAGUUUGACAUUUCAUUUGGGCCUACUCAUUGGGGUACUAUAAUCAUUUCGGAUGCAAAUACCAUAGAGCUUCAGGAGUUAAUAUUUCUAGCUACAGAGCCUACCAUCAGUGUUUGUUUGUCCAAUGCAAAAACUGGUCAACCGUUUAUAUCCACCCUUGAGCUCCGGCAGUUUAAUGGUUCCAUCUAUUUCAAUCAGUUUGAGAGCCAAUAUUUCCUCAGUAUGUCUGCAAGAAUAAAUUUUGGUGCAGAGAGUGAUGAACCAGUCAGGUAUCCAGAUGACCCAUUUGAUCGAAUAUGGGAGUCUGACUCGGUGAGAAAAGCCAAUUACCUUGUGGAUGUUGCUCCUGGAACUGAAAAAAUUUCAACUCAGAUGCCAAUUGAUGUCAGCCGGGAUGAAUGGCCACCACAGAAGGUAAUGCAGACAGCUGUAGUUGGAAGAAAUGGAUCAUUGACAUACCGUUUGAACCUCGAUGGUUUUCCUGCACCUGGUUGGGCAUUUUGUUACUUUGCUGAAAUUGAAGACUUGGGUCCAAGUGAUGCUAGAAAGUUCAGGUUCAUACUCCCUGGCGCUCCUGAUCUUAGCAAGGCUAUUGUUAAUAUCCAAGAAAACGCCCAAGGACAGUAUCGUUUGUAUGAGCCAGGAUACUACAACAUUUCUCUACCAUUUGUUUUAUCUUUCAGAUUUGGGAGGACUUCUGAUUCUACAAUGGGUCCUCUGCUGAAUGCCUUGGAGGUCAAUAGAUAUUUGAAGAAGAGUGAUGGCUCUGCAGAUGGACCAGUUUUGGCUGCAAUAGCCAUGUCUUAUUCAUCAUUUAAGUGGGCAAAUGAAGGCGGUGAUCCUUGCCUUCCAUCUCCAUGGUCAUGGGUCCAGUGUAGUUCAGAUCCUCGCCCGAUGAUAACAUCGAUUAAACUCUCAGGGAAGACUCUGUCAGGAACAAUUCUAGUAGAAUUCACAAAGUUGGGCGGCUUAGUUGAAUUAUGGCUUGAUAAUAACUCACUGAGUGGUCCAAUUCCUGAUUUUUCUGGGUGCCCUAACUUAAAGAUAAUACAUCUUGAGGAUAACCUAUUGAAUGGUGAACUGCCUUCUUCCUUGGCAGAUUUGUCAAAUUUGAGAGAAUUGCAUGUUCAGAACAAUGUGUUAGCCGGGAAAAUUCCAUCUGGCCUUCUUAAUAAAGACCUGGAUUUCAACUACACAGGGAAUGCAGGCCUUCACACAGAGAAGGGAGGGAACCGUGAUAAUAUUAUUAUCGGGACAUCAGUUGGAGGUGCUGUUCUGCUAAUUGCUGCCAUUGCCUCCUGUUUCUUAUUGUGCAAAUCUCUUCAUAAAGGGGAAUCUCAACAUAAUUUGCCUCCUCAAAAGCUUGCUUCUUCCCUGGGUGAGACUGCGGCUGAAGUUGCUCAUUACUUCACAUUAUCUGAGAUCAAGGAUGCUACAAAUAAUUUUGAGAGAAAAAUUGGAUCAGGAGGCUUUGGGGUUGUAUAUUAUGGGAGACUGCUAGAUGAUAGAGAAAUUGCAGUCAAAGUUUUGACUAACGAUUCCUUCCAGGGGAAACGAGAGUUUACCAAUGAAGUUUCUCUUCUUUCAAGAAUACAUCAUAGGAAUCUGUUGCAGUUUCUUGGAUAUUGCCAAGAAGAAGGAAAAAGUAUUCUCGUGUAUGAGUUCAUGCACAAUGGGACGCUUAAGGAACAUCUUUAUGGGCCCUUAACACAUGGAGGAAGAGGAAUUAAUUGGAUUAAACGCCUUGAGAUUGCUGAGGAUGCUGCCAAAGGAAUAGAGUACCUCCACACUGGUUGUGUUCCAUCAAUCAUUCAUCGAGACUUGAAGACCAGCAAUAUUCUUCUUGACAAGAACAUGAGAGCUAAGGUUUCAGAUUUUGGCCUUUCAAAACUAGCAGUUGAUGGAGCUUCCCAUGUGUCCAGCAUAGUUCGAGGAACUGUUGGUUACCUUGAUCCCGAAUAUUACAUCUCCCAGCAGCUGACAGACAAGAGCGACGUCUACAGUUUUGGGGUCAUUCUCCUCGAGUUAAUAUCCGGUCAAGAAGCAAUCUCUAACGAAAAUUUUGGACAUAACUGCCGAAACAUAGUCCAGUGGGCAAAGAUGCAUAUUGAGAGUGGUGAUCUUCAAGGGAUCAUCGACCCUGCAUUGCAGGAAUACGACAUACAGUCGAUGUGGAAGAUAGCAGAGAAGGCGCUUAUGUGUGUGCAGGCCCACGGGAGCAUGAGGCCGUGGAUGACUGAAGUCAUAAAGGAGAUCCAAGAUGCACUCGCCAUCGAAAAGGGAGCAGAGGCAGUGCGAGAAGGCAGCUCUGACGAGAUGUCAAAGCGCUCGGCUCACUCAUCCCUCAACUUGGGCGCCAGCGACCACCACUACUUGGCCAUCGAUGAAUCCAUUGCACGCCCAACUGCUCGAUAGAACUCUUGUGAUAAUUUUUGGUUGGCUUUGCUUUUGCUGCUACAACUUUUCACACUGCCCGCUGCUGGGAUAAACCGAGACAGUUGGUAUAGAUUUACUGUAAAUUCCAGCCUUUUUUUUUCAUUUUGCGAGGAUUGGUCUAUAUUGUUCAUCAUUCUUGAUCAACUUCAUAAAAUAUUUUCUUGGAAAUAUGCUGUGUAUUCUGUAAAACUAUUAAAAUAGUACUCUUUUAAUGUCCUAUUGAUUUUUACU